ACAAAAGUAUUUAUUAUGCAAAAUCCCAAGAACAGUUUUUCUUUUCAAAUUGUUAUUAUUUUUACUUUGAACGCAGUAAACAAUGGUUUAAAAUUGACUCCGUAGUUGUUUCAUGGCUGGAUUCCUUCUACUCAGUUUUUACAUGUGGCUGUGGGGAACACUGCAACUGCUUUAUGUAUAUUUUGCCCAAAAAUAGAUUAUAAAAUAAUAUGUUUAUUUUCUAAAGUUUAUAAAAAUAAAAUUCUCUGCCUCUUUCUCUGUAUACUAAUUGUGUAUUGUUGAAAAACCUAAUAAACUAUAGACAAAUUCUUUAAGAGAGAGAGAGAGAUUUUGUGUUGUUUGUAGCUCAGAAUAAAACAUGCCCAGAAUUUUGUUGUGAUAUAUAUGUAUGUAUGUGUAUAAGCUUGUUUAAGGUAAUGUAAUUCACUCUUUUCAAACUUAUCUUCAUGGAUUUAUAUGUUACUUUUCUUAUUCUUAUGAUACAUGUAUAUGUAUAUAUAUUUUGUAUUUGAUCUGUAGAUUUCUGACUCAGUUACAACCUUCUUCUCAAGUCAUUCUAGCUGAAUAAGGAGCAAAAACAGCUUCAUUUUUAUUACUUUCAGACUAAGAUGGUGGGAUUUCAAGGCUCUUCAUUAACAUGCUCAAGAACUACUAUUUGAUCACUACAUAUAAGAAUGAAUCUUAAGGAGUCAGAGAGGACGGUUAUCUCGAAACCAGUUGCUUCAAGGCCGUCUUGUUCAAGCCUUAGAUCAUUCUCAGAACUCCUUGCAGGUGCUAUUCAUGCUUCCCCCUCAAACACAUCUUCUGAGGCUGCAGUUCCUGCUGCCAUUAGGCCGAAGACAGUGAGGUUUAAGCCAACGACAGUGUACGGCGCAGCUCCUGAGCUGCUUUCUUCUCAGGUCACCGAGAUUUGUGGCACUGCAGCCUGUUCUAAGCCGGAUGGAGGAUCAACUGUGGUGUACAAACCAUUGGCAAAAGUUGUUUCCAAGACAACCGUUUCGCUUUUGGCGAACAUGGGAAACUUCAAUAACAGCUUCCAACAAACACAUUCAUUGGUUGAUUCUCAAGCUCAACAUCCACAGCAAGAGAAAGAGAGUUUUAGAUCACAGCAUAGCUCAUAUCUAAACCCUAGUGUUUCAGUAAGAGCUGAAACUAAUCAAACGGUUGUGCCCUCAAAGAUUGCGUCCCAGCCACAAAACCAAGAGGAGGAGGAUCCAAAAUCUCUACCUUCCAUUGCAAAUAGUGACAGGCCUUCUUAUGAUGGAUACAAUUGGAGAAAAUAUGGACAAAAACAAGUGAAAGGGAGCGAGUAUCCGCGAAGUUACUAUAAGUGUACGCAUCCGAAUUGCGUAGUGAAAAAGAAAGUUGAGAGAUCUUUGGAUGGACAGAUUGCUGAAAUUGUCUACAAGGGUGAACACAACCAUUCUAAGCCUUUGCCUGCGAAGCGAAACUCCUCGUCUGUGACACCAGCAUUGGCUGAUGCUGCCCCCAGUCUAGACGCCAACCACCAAUUAUGGCAUAGUCAAGUUAAUGAAAAAAAUGAAUGUUGUGAAGGGGAAGUUGGAGUAUUAUUAACACAUUCUGGCCAAGGAAAAGCUUCUCAACCUUAUGAUUCUUUUAGUGUUGAACCUGAGGCAGAAGAUGAUGAACCAAGACAGAAAAGAAGGAAAGGUGAGAAUCAAUCACAUGAAGCAGGAACAUCAGCAGGAGAAGGCACUCAAGAAGGUCGAGUUAUGCAAAAUUCAAAUGAUUUAGAGAACAUUUCAGGGGAUGGCUUUCGCUGGAGAAAAUAUGGGCAGAAAGUUGUAAAGGGCAAUCCAUAUCCAAGAAGCUACUAUAGAUGCACGAGUGUGAAAUGCAAUGUGAGGAAGCAUGUGGAAAGAGCAUCAGACGAUCCAAAAUCAUUCAUCACAACAUACGAGGGAAAACAUAACCAUGACAUGCCAAUCAAGACUACUCCAAAUCUUGUGUCCUCUGAGAUUCACACUAAGGCCCCUAAAGACACACCACAUGACUACUGACUUUUUGGAAACACAUCUUUAGCCAGCCAACUCAUAUAGUUUUAUUAUUUUUUAAUUUAAUUUUUAUUAUAUAAUAAUAUAUAUAUUUUUUAAGAAAAGAAAGUAUAUCUAAUGCACCUCCACUUAACUGUUCUACUUUCAUACUUGUAUUAUUUGUCUUAAUGAACACAGAAAAAUAAGUAUCUUUAGUGGUAAUUAAUUAUAACUAGUUUUGAUGAAGCAUAAAGAACAGAUGUGAAGUCUUAUUUGAGCUAUGAUUUGAUUAGUUGUUUUGGUAAA